CGUGUCCUGUCCACAUGUAAAUAUUUCAUUUAAUGUUGCGAAUAGAGUUUAAAACAUCCCCUUUAGAGUUAAAAUUGGUACAUGAAAUAUCGCUUUAAGGGAGGAAGCUAAAAAAUAUUGAUUUGUAGGGGUUUCUCUGUAUCAACGGUCUAUAGACGGUCUAUUUAGGCAUGUGGUGGAGAAGAACCCUCAGCAGAAGCUGCAGAUGGUGUUUGGGAUGCAGGCACAGUGGGGCAAAGAGGAUUUGGAGCUUCCAUUACCGAGCCUUACGCAGCGCUCCGGCCGUACCCGCAGGCCGGAUCACAGCACUUCAGGCUUUGGACAUCUGGAAGAGGCACUUUGAAGAGGAAGGUGUAACAGAAGCCGAACAGUCAAGCCAGUAUAUCAUCGCUCAUCUGCUUGGAGCGAAAACAAUAGAAAGUGUCGAGCGGCAGAGGUUAACAGAGUUCCUUAGCAAAGAGAAAAUGGAAGAGGUGUGGCAGCUCUGCAGCAGACGUCUGUCUAGAAUGCCGGUGCAGUAUAUCAUUGAGGAGUGGGACUUCAGAGACCUAACGCUGAAGAUGAGGCCUCCUGUUUUUAUUCCUAGGCCUGAAACUGAGGAGCUGGUUGAACUAGUGCUCACCGAUCUAAAGAGCCGUUCUGCAGACACAGAGACACGGCAAACAUGCUUGGAGGUUGGUUGCGGUUCUGGUGCCAUUUCUCUCAGUCUGCUGAAGAGUCUGCCUCAGCUCGAAGCCUUUGCUUUGGAUCGAAGCCAGGAUGCGGUUGAUUUAAGCCGAGAGAAUGCGUUGAGGUUGGGACUUCAAGACAGACUGAGGGUCUAUCAUAUGGAUGUAAUAAAAGACGCAGAAAGGAUCCUUGGUCUGUUUAGCUCCGUUUCAGCUUUGGUCAGUAACCCACCGUACCUGUUUUCAGAGGAUAUGGCAUCGCUGGAGCCGGAAAUCUUUAGGUUUGAGGACCAUGCUGCUUUAGAUGGGGGUGAAAAUGGACUAACUGUGAUCAGACAGAUCCUGACUCUGGCCUCAGACUUUCUGUUGAACAGUGGGCGUGUUUACCUGGAGGUGGACCCCAGACACCCCCCGCUGAUUCAGCGUUGGGUGGAGGAGAACGUGGAGGGGCUGCAGUACGUGGAAACACAAAACGACAUCAGCGGCAGGCCGAGAUUCUGCAUCCUCCAGAAAGCAGUCACAUAAGGACCUCGAGGUGGAUCAGGAUUGAGAAACCCAGAUCCUAUUACGCUGGCUUUAGCUCAGGUCGCCCCGGCUCGCCUCCCCCCACCUGAUCCCACCUUCCUUAAAAAAA